AUGACACAAGCGUCAGGCGCUGAUUAUAUCUUCAAAAUUGUUCUUACUGGUGACUCAGGCGUUGGAAAAUCAUGUCUUUUAUCCCGAUUUACUCGUAAUGAGUUUUCACUAGAGAGUCGAUCGACUAUUGGAGUCGAAUUUUCUACCAAAGAAAUUCAAAUGGAUGGAAAAAUAGUUAAAGUUCAAAUUUGGGAUACAGUUUUAGCUGGUCAGGAACGCUUCAUGGCGAUUACAAAAGCAUAUUAUCGUAAUGCUCUAGGUGCGCUCGUUGUUUUUGAUUUAUUGAAACCAUCAAGCUUUCAAAACCUCGAUCAAUGGUACAAUGAAGUUCGAGCUAAUGCUGGUGCAGAUUGCUCUGUUAUUCUAAUUGGAAACAAAGCUGAUCAACGACAUAUUCGAGCUGUUCAGUAUGAAGAUGCGAAACGCUAUGCUGACGAACGGAACAUCCCAUUCAUCGAAACCUCAGCACUGGAUGCAACAAAUGUUGAACAAGCAUUUCGCACACUCAUCACUGACAUUUAUCGACAUUGGGCUGCUCGAAUGGAUGCUAUGAGAGACGAUUCGAUCUCCACAUCGCUGCCACCUCCGAUGACAAAACCAAGUAUAAAACUAGAUGAUCAUUCAAACAAUCCUUCGACGGCAACAACGACAAAACCGUGUUGUAGUAACUCUUAA